UUGAGACUAAAGUUCGGUAUUUUGUGUGUGUUAAUUUACUGUUCCAUGAUGAUGGUGAAUCACAACAGAACAUCAAAGUCUUUUUCGAAAAAUAUUAAGAGUAAACACUCAAUAUUCAACUUCGAAAAGAAAUGGACGAAAAAAGAAAGUAUUUUACCACCAAAUAACUUUGUCUCAGAGGGCAUCCGUCGCGGUCAGGAGAGAGAAGUGACAGUAAAUGACAGAGGAAGAAGUGAAUCAGAAAUAUCAAAUCGUCAGAAGUGUCAAGCCAUGUUCACUGUUGACAAGGCAGGCCAAGUCUGGACCGAUGACGGCCCAUACACGAAGCUGAGCCACCAGCUGCCGCCCCUUCUGGAGAGUGCCAACCUCAGUGCCACAGACCCUCUGCACUCCGUCAACCUUGGCACUCGGCUUAGUCUCACGAAUGGCUCUGUUCCGUACCUGCCGUGUAAGGUGCGCCAGUACAGUGCCCUCGACCUGGGGUCAUGCAGCGCCAAGAGGGCAACGCAGGGCAAGAAGACCUGGAUCGCCUUCGUCGGGGAUUCGAACGGGAGGCAGAAAGUCCACUCCUUUUUGACCUUCCUGCCUCCUGACCUUGAUUACGUUUACUUCCUGGGCGACAAACAGGUGACUCGUGAAUGCUUCCUCGCCUUUGUUAACGAUAAUCGCUUCCGUCCUCCGUCCUACGAUAUCUUUGGGCGCCCGAAGAAGAAGAAGAAGGAGAUGAAGAAGAAGAAGAAGAAAGAGGAGGAGGAGAAGGAAGACAAGGAGGAGGAGGAGAAGGAAGACAAGGAGGAGGAGAAGGAGAAAGAGAAAGAAGAGGAGGAGAAGGAAGAGAAGAAGGAGGAGGAGAAGGAAGAGAAGAAGAAGAAGAAGAAGAAAGAGGAAGAGGAGGAGGAGAAGAAGAACACACACGUCGAGAAUCCCUUUGACCAAGAAAUAUUCAAGCCUUCCACGAACUGGCAACCUUCCUCGAACUUGACUUACUCUAUGUUCCCUCUCCACGACUCGGACCCGUCUCUCGAGCCCUACGACUUGAGGGUGACCUUGGUGUGGGCUCCUUACGCCUCCUUCUCCUCCCCCCCUACUAAGACUUUUCGCUUGAGGGUCACUAAGUUCGAGGAAUGGCUGGAGCAGGAGGUCGUUCCGGACGUCGUUGUGCUGGGGCGUGUGGUUCUCGGUCUCGAAGUUGAACCAGCGAUUAUGCAGUACAGGUGGUUCAACUUGGAAGGCGGAGGAGGUGUCCCUUGGGAGGAGGUGCUGAGUCACAACCAGUUUCGAGACGGCAUUCCCUUCAUGGACGUUUGGCUCUGGCUGGCUGUCUUCAGAAACACGGGGAUGUGGCAGUGGGACUCGACGGUGCCGUUCAACCUGGCCAACUACCAGGAAUGCUACGAACUCUGGAACUUGGGCCUCAAAACGGACAAGAUCUACAAAAGUAAGUGGUGGCAUUGCAAUGAUGAUCAUCACUCAUCUUACGAGACGAACGCUGUGGAGAUCCAGAUGCUGCUCAACCUCCUGUGCAACCCGUAUAUUGCAAGGCACGAGGAAUACUGCUGUUCUGAAAGCUUCCGGAACAGCAAUAGGGUUGAUCAGAAGGGAUAUAAGGAUUGCAAAUUAGAUUCAACAGCAUCUGGAUCUCGUCAAAAUUCGUCUCGUAAGAUGAGUGAUGCGCGUCCCGGCAGUUCCACCACCGACCUGGGAAUGAAAUUAGUUAUAAUUAGAGACGAAAUAAAAUGGUAA